GGGGACCUGCUCACAGGCUGGAGACAGGAUCCAUGGCAACAAUCAUGGCAGAGGCAGAGACUCGUCAGAAGCUGCUGCGCACCGUCAAGAAGGAGGUGAAGCAGAUUAUGGAAGAAGCCGUGACCAGGAAAUUUGUCCACGAAGACAGCAGCCAUAUUGUAUCUUUUUGUGCUGCGGUGGAGGCAUGUGUUCUGCACGGGCUGAGGCGACGAGUAGCUGGUUUUCUGCGCAGCAACAAGAUAGCGGCACUCUUCAUGAAGGUGGGGAAAAGCUUUGCUCCUGCUGAGGAGCUGUGUAGGAAGGCCCAGGAGCUCGAGCAGAUCAUCGAGACAAAACGAAGUCAAAGCUUGCAGAGUCAGGACAGCAUUCGUAAGAUGCCCCGGCUGCCCGGCCUCGGCCCACAGGGAGCCAAGAACCUGUGGAUCCGGGCGGCUCUUUUUGAAAAAGUGCUGGACAAGAUCGUUCUCUACUUGGUGGAGAACAGCAGUAAAUACUACGAGAAAGAGGCUGUUCUAAUGGACAAUGUAGAUGGACCUAUCCUUGCCUCUUUGUUAGUCGGACCUUGUGCUUUGGAGUACACCAAGAUGAAGACCGCUGACCACUUCUGGACCGACCCGUCCGCUGACGAGCUGGUGCAGAGACAUCGCAUCCACGGUGGCAACUGCCGGCAGGACUCUCCCACCAAGAGGCCGGCACUGUGUUUCCAGAAGCGGCACUCUAGCAGCAGCAUGGACGAACGCCCUUCCCCCUCGCCGUCUGCUCGGGAAUAUGUGGAGUCACUGCAUCAGAACAACAGGGCGACCUUACUGUUCGGCAAAAACAACGUGCUCGUGCAACCGAGGGACGACAUGGAGGCUGUCCCUGGUUACCUCUCCCUGCACCAGACUGCCGACAUCAUGACCCUGAAGUGGACUCCCAACCAGCUCAUGAACGGUUCUGUUGGAGACCUGGACUACGAGCGCAGUGUGUUUUGGGACUAUGCCAUGACGAUUCCUCUCGAGGAGAUAGUUUACUUGCACUGUCAUCAACAAGUGGACAGUGGGGGGACGGUGGUGCUGGUCAGUCAGGAUGGAAUCCAGAGACCUCCGCUGCGCUUCCCCAGGGGAGGACACCUGCUCCAGUUCCUCUCCUGCCUGGAGAACGGCCUCCUUCCCCACGGCCAGCUGGACCCUCCGCUCUGGUCCCAGAGGGGAAAGGGGAAGGUGUUUCCGAAGCUGCGAAAUAGAGUUCCUCAGGGAUCCUCAGAAUCGGUCUCGGAUAAGGAGGAGGACGAGGCCACGGACUAUGUCUUCCGCAUCCUCUUUCCAAACAGCCAGUCAGAGUUUGUGACUGUAACUCAUCCUCCUCACCUGACUUCCUCCCACUCCCUUCAACCGAGUGGACAGCCACCCUCCAAAGUGGGGACCCUGGUGGUCCCCAAGAGGUCCUGCAGCUGCCCUGAAGAAUCCCCCUCACUCACAGGAAGCAGCUUGACUCCUCCAGACUUGAUGGAUCAGGGAGCUACGAUGUGGCAUCCCACUCUCAGGAAGGCCUCGUGUUCCUCUUGUUCUCAGGGGAGCUUCUCCGAGGGAGGGACACCCAAGGGCUGUAACCAUGAGAGGGCUCCUCUGAAGCUGCUGUGCGACAGCAUGAAGUAUCAGAUCAUCUCUCGGGCAUUUUACGGCUGGUUGGCCUACUGCCGUCACCUGUCCACUGUGCGCACACAUCUCUCUGCCCUCGUCAAUCACACCAUCGUGGCGCCCGACACGCCGUGCGAUGCCUACAAAGGGCUCACCGCCGAAGUGUGGCAGACGUUCCUUCAGGACUGCACAGCCUACAAGGAGCAGGAGCUGCUGCGUCUGGUCUACUUCGGUGGGGUGGAGCCCUGUCUGCGUAAAGAGGUGUGGCCUUUCCUGCUGGGUCACUACCAGUUUGGGAUGUCAGAAGCUGAGAGGAAGGAGGUGGACAAACAGGUCCGAGAGUGUUACCAACAGACCAUGCGUGAGUGGCUCGGCUGCGAGGAGAUCGUCCGCCAGCGGGAGAAGGAGCAGCACGCCGCAGCUUUGGCCAAGUGCUCCUCUGUAGCGAGCGACAGUUCCAUUCAGAAGAUGAUCCAUCACGACUCCACUGUGAGCAAUGAGUCCCAGUCCUCCCAGAGCUCAGACCGACAGAGUCUGGCUCGCCUGCAGAGCGACUCAAGCAGCAGCACACAGGUGUUUGAGUCCGUAGAGGAGGUGGACCAGAUCGAGACGGAGCCCAAGACCGAAGAGGCCAAGCAGGUGCCGAAGAUGCCCAACGGAGCUCUGCAGAACGGGACCUGCUCUCCCGACUCUGGACACCCUUCCUCCCGCAACUUCUCAGUCACCUCUGGCCUGUCCGACACUUCCCUCAGCACAGACGACACCGCCGCACCUGACGCAGCCCCGAGAUCUGCUGCUGUCCCCCCGGCAUCACAGAGCUCGGUCAAACCUGCAGGGGUAGAGGGUGAAGGUUUAACAGAGGAAACGAUCAGCCAGGAGAGAACCGAAGUGAAGGACGAAGAGGAGACGCUCGGUGUGACCAAAACUGCAGAAGAUACCAAGAUUGAGGUGAAGGAUAAUGACGUGAUUCAGCCACUGGAAGAGGAGCAGGUGAUGACCGACAAAGAGACGUGUUUGCAAACUAAAAGCCAGGAACAUGUGGAAGAGCCAGAAUCUACUAAAACAGAGGGAACCAAGUCUGAAGAUACAGACAUUCAAGGAAUUCCAUCUUUAAAUUCAGGAGAAAUAGAAAGAGAUGUGUCCGAUCAGGAUACUGUGAAGGUAUCAGCAGCUGCUACAGAAUCCAAAGAAGAAAUCGUGGAACAGAGUCUCCAGAAAGACGUAGAAGUCAGAGACGAGGAAACGACAAAGCUCGAGGAAAGGAUUGUGGAAAAGAUGAAGGAAAUGGACCAAUCAAACACAAGUGAACCGCAAGAAAUUAGUUUGAAUGAGGGGACAGAAAAAAUGGUCCAACCUCAUGUGGCUGCUGACAUUGAGACCAACCUCCUAUUCUCAACAGACACCAGGGUGUCGAGAACGAGAGAAACUUACUGCGCCCCUCAGAAAGAGGAGCCUCAGGUCAUGACUGAAUCUGACGAGUCUCCCUCAGCCAUAGAGAUGGAGGAGAUCCCCAAAGCCAAGGUUUCCAUGGUGCCUCGGAGCAGGAAGGGACGAUGCGAGCCCUCGUCUUCCUUUGAGGACUCGGCCCCUCACGCGGAGGAGGAGCAAGGAAAGCACACUCCGGUGGGCCCAGAGUCCGUCCCGUCCGAGGAGCCGCAGAUGGAGAGUCUGUACCCUCACUUUGAUUCUCUGCCCGGGUCUGGAGACACCAAGAGCAAAGCGACCUCUCAAGGAUCUGCUGGGAGUACCUUCUCUCAAGAGCUGCUGGAUUUGUACACGUUAAAUCUGCACCGCAUUGAAAAGGACGUCCAGCGCUGCGACAGGAACUACUGGUACUUCACUCCUGCCAACCUGGAGAAACUGCGCAACAUCAUGUGCAGCUAUAUCUGGAGGCACCUUGACAUCGGCUACGUUCAGGGCAUGUGUGAUCUGCUGGCUCCGCUCCUAGUCAUCCUGGACGAUGAGGCCAUGGCCUUCAGCUGCUUCACUGAGCUCAUGAAGAGGAUGAAUCAAAACUUUCCCCACGGAGGCGCUAUGGACACUCACUUUGCCAACAUGCGCUCUCUAAUCCAGAUCCUGGAUUCUGAGCUGUUUGAGCUUAUGCACCAAAACGGAGACUACACCCACUUCUACUUCUGCUACCGCUGGUUUCUCCUGGACUUCAAGCGAGAGCUGGUGUACGAGGACGUGUUCACGGUCUGGGAAACCAUCUGGGCGGCUAAGUAUGCCUCCUCUAGUCACUUUGUCCUCUUCAUUGCUCUGGCGCUGGUAGAGAUCUACAGGGACAUCAUCCUGGAGAACAACAUGGACUUCACUGACAUCAUCAAGUUCUUCAAUGAAAUGGCUGAGCACCACAACAUAAAACAGAUUUUGACCCUGGCCAGAGAUCUCGUGUACAAGGUGCAGAUGCUGAUUGAAAACAAGUGAUGGCGCUGUUGUUCCUCUUUUCCAUCCAUGUAAAGCGUGAGCAGCUGUAGCAUCACAAG